CGAGACGCAAAUGCGGGGGAUGUAUUUAGCGCUCCACUCAUGCAGCAGCUCACCGAUGGUGCUGCAGAGCUUGAUAAGCCUGUCGGUCUGCGGUUAACCUCUAGCCGACCGAGGGAUUGUUAUUGUAGCUGUCAAUACCUUGGGUGGGCCAGAUCAGAUCCUUACAACGGGUCAUAGCAAGAAGAGGAAAUUAAGCAACUACAAAGCCUGAUAUCGCGAAAAGAAACAAGCCGUCUGGAAAGUGUACUGAGUAGUAGUCAAUCAGAUCCCCCCCGCUGGCCAAAUUUCUGCCAUGCAUGCAGCAGCAUCAAGUCGAAUAAACCGGCUGGACGGAGGAGCCGAGGAUGUCCGGCAAUUGAUUUGCUCCUCCCCUCCUCCCCUUCAAAUAUUCUCCUUCCACCAGAUACCAUACUGUCAUUCUCGUCUUCUUCUUCUUCAUCUUCAUCAUGGCUUUAGCGAUCGCUGCCGCCAUCACGGCCGCAGCCUACCUCAAUGCCAAAUUCCACCUGAGCAAAGACCUGGCGGUGCUGCGCACGGUGCGCCAGGCCACCCGCAGCACACAACAGGCCCGAGAACAAGGCCAGCUUAACCUUUGGUUCAAUUUCGUCGAAACCGCCUCGCACUAUCCUGAUGUGACCGCUAUUUGGACACGCGAGCAGUCGUACACCUUCCGCGAGGUGUUUGCCGCCGCUGCACGCUACGCCCAGUUCUUUCGCCACCACGGCGUCAAACCCGGCGACUUGGUCGCAUUUUAUCUCCAAAAUCGUCCAGAAUUUAUGUUCGCAUGGUUGGGACUCUGGAGUAUUGGUGCGGCGCCUGCUGCGAUUAAUUACCACCUCACCGGGGACGCACUGGUGCACAGUCUGACCCUCAGCGGCGCAAAGCUUUUGCUGGUGGAUCCGGACGCGGAGUGCCGGGCGCGCAUCGACGACCGCCGAUCCACCUUGGAGACUGACUUAGGACUAACACUUAUCACCCUGGAUGAGACCUUCACUACCACAGUUCUCGCGAAAUUUCCCGCCGAAGUCCCUGAAGGUGGUCAACUAGCGCGGGACACCCAAGGCAGCGCCCCGGCCAUCUUGCUCUACACCUCGGGAACCACGGGGCUACCGAAGGGAUGCCCCUUCACAAUGGAGCGGCUGCACAAUGGCGUAGGCAUCAGGGAGUAUUCCACGCACGACAAGGUCGGACCUGACGGCGACCGGUGGUACAGCGCGAUGCCGCUCUACCACGGGACAUCGGCGGUGGCACUGAUGGUGGCGCUGGUACGCGGCACUAGCAUCGCGAUUGCGCCGCGGUUCAGCGUACGCGACUUCUGGCGCGACAUCCGCGACUCGCAGGCGACGGCAUUCGUGUACGUCGGCGAGAUCGCCCGAUACCUGAUGGCGGCGCCGCCCUCGCCGCUGGACCGGCAGCACCGCGUGCGUCUGAUGUACGGCAACGGAUUGCGACCGGACGUGUGGACGCGCUUCCAAGAGCGCUUUGGGAUUGCUGAGGUGGGCGAGUUCUUCAACAGCACCGAGGGGGUGUUCAGUCUAUAUAACUACAACCGCGGGCCCUUCAGCGCUAGCGCCGUGGGCCACCACGGCGCGUUGUCUCGGUAUCUCAUGCGCGACGUGUAUGCCCCCGUGGCCAUCGACCCGCAGACGGGGGAUGUUCAGCGCGACCCGGUGACCGGGUGGGCGAUUCGCCAGCCCUACGAGAUCGGCGGCGAGAUGCUGGUGCGGGUGCCGUCCAAGGCGGCGUUUCCGGGCUAUUGGCGCAACCCAGACGCCACGGAUAGAAAGUUUCUGCGCGAUGUGUUUCAGUCCGGGGAUCUGUGGUAUCGAUCAGGGGAUGCGCUGCGACGGGAUGCCGAUGGACGGUGGUAUUUCCUCGACCGUUUGGGAGAUACGUUCCGCUGGAAGAGUGAGAAUGUCUCCACGGCCGAAGUAUCUCACGUUCUAGGCGAAUAUCCCGGAAUCCAGGAAGCCAACGUCUACGGCGUUUUGGUGCCCUCCCACGACGGUCGGGCCGGCUGCGCCGCGCUGCAGCUGACUCCCGAAGCGGCCGCCAAGGGAGAGAGCUUGGAUCUCACGGCGCUGGCCCGGUUUGCGCGCGCCCGUCUCCCGCGCUACGCGGUCCCGGUGUUCCUGCGGCUGGUGACGCAGACGUCGCAUAUCCACAACCACAAGCAGAAUAAAGUACCGCUGCGCGAGGAAGGCGUCGAGCCGGCGAAGCUGGGGACUCACGUGGUGGGCGGGCAGAACGACCAGUUGUAUUGGCUGCCUCCUGGGGCCGAGGGGUAUGUGCCGUUCGGCGAGAGGGAGUGGAAGCAAUUAGUUGGCGGGACGGCGAAGUUAUGAGGUUAGAUUGGAUGGUUCGACCGAGACCUCUGUUGUUACCGUGCUGCCGUCCUGAACAUGAUUGUACGAAGACUUUGAAUGGGAUAUCGGAGGUUUCGUUUCGGGCUAGUAACACAACCAGUCUGCGCUUGCAAGCUCCUGGAAAGGGCCGAUGCCAAGCGGGAGUCACGGUUGGUUGGUAUAGGAGGUUCAAAUUAGGGCACGCGAUGGAGGUGGAGCCUACCUCCGCCAUGUUCCCCCUUGU